AUGGCGAGCUUCAUCGUGGCGGACGCGUCGGAGUACCUGGCCAUCACCGGCUGGGGCAUCAACGACGUGAAGCUGGCUAAGAAGGCGUGGGUGUUCGCGGGGCAGCAGUGCAAGAGGUUCAGCGUCACGCCCGUCAACUACGAGUUCGAGGUGAACGCCAUGAGCUCCGAGAAGCUGCCCUUCGUCCUGCCCGCCGUCUUCACCAUCGGGCCCCAGGUGACCACCCUGAAGCUCGGCGACGCCGCCGAGGCGGCCGUGGAGGCCAAGCUCCUGCUCUACGCCAAGCUCAUCGCGCCGCUGCACCUGGGCGGCGCCUCGGCCAGCCGCGUGCACGACCUGGUGAAGGGCGUGAUCGAGGGCGAGACGCGGGUGCUGGCGGCGCAGCUCACCAUGGACGAGAUCUUCACCGGCACCAAGAUGUUCAAGAAGGAGGUGUUCGACAGCGUGCAGAAGGAGCUGGACCAGUUCGGGCUCUUCAUCUACAACGCCAACGUGAAGCAGCUGGUGGACGUGCCGGGCCACGAGUACUUCUCCUACCUCGGCCAGAAGACGCAGCAGGAGGCGGCCAGCAGGGCCAAGGUGGACGUGGCGGAGGCGAGGAUGAAGGGCAAGGUGGGCGCCAAGGAGCGGACCGGCCUCACGCUCCAGAAUGCCGCCAAGGUGGACGCCGAGACCAAGGUGCUGUCGGUGCGGCAGCAGGGCGAGGCGCUCAAGGAGGAGGCCAAGGUCAAUGCCGAGGUGCAGGUUUUUCAGAACGCCAGGGAGGCCGACGUCGCCGCCGCAAUGACCGACCUCGCCAUGAAGAAGGCCGGCUGGGACCGGCAGGCCAAGGUCGCCGAGGUGGAGGCCGCCAAGGCCGUCGCCAUCCGCGACGCCGAGCUGCAGAUGGAGGUCGAGAUCAAGAACGCCCUCUGCCAGACCGAGAAGCUCAAGGCCGAGCAGCUCAGCAAGGCCACCGUGCAAUAUGACACACAGGUUCAAGAGUCGAAUGCGCUGUUCUACGGCCGGCAGAAGGCGGCGGAGGCGGCUCUGUACGAGGAGAUGAAGGCGGCGGAGGCGCGCAAGGCGCAGGCCGACGCGCUCUUCUUCGAGCAGAAGAUGGCGGAGGACGCCAAGCUGUACGCCAAGCAGCGAGAGGCGGAGGCGCUGUCGCUGGUGGGCAGGGCCAAGGCGGACUACGUGGCGUCCAUGCUGGCGACGCUCGGCGGCGACUACCGCGCGCUCAGGGACUACCUCAUGAUCGACGGCGGCAUGUACGCCGAGAUGGCGCGCAUCAACGCCAGCGCCGUCAACGGCCUGCGGCCAAAGAUCAGCGUCUGGAGCAACGGAGAUGGUGGCGGCGAGGGCGGCGCACUGCAGCAGGUGGCUGGGGUGUACAAGAUGCUCCCGCCGUUGCCGGAGACGGUGCACGAGCAGACCGGGAUGUUGCCGCCGGCGUGGAUGGGCACGCUGUCCAAGGACGGCGCCGCCGCCAACUGA